UCUCUCUCUCUCUCUCUGUCCGAAAUGGAACUCUAGAGAGAGAAACCAAGGGUUGGUUCAGUUGCUACCACACAGCCUCUGCUGCUUUGACUGUCUAGAGGGACCUUGGUUCCCCACAGAUGUGCCCAGAGCAAGAUUGUUAUAUCUAUUGUAAGCACAAAUCAAAUGCCAUCCUUAAAAAUGAAGAGCAAAGUAAGCGUGAGCUGUUUAACAGAAAGAAAGGAUCUUCAUGUGUGUCCGAAAUCAAAAAUAAUUUCUAAAAACCUAUGUUCUAAAAUCAUGAUUUCUACUCAAAAGGCUGAAAUAGACACUACUAUUCAAAACUGUCUAGAUGUUUCCUCAAGGACGAUGCCCAAAGAUGUAGCAUGCGAUCAAUCUAUUGACAACAAAGAAUUUCUGGAUAAAGAAAACUCUGAAUCAGAGCACCAAUUUUCUGUGUGUUCCUCUGUCCUGGAUAAAAUGGAACUAACCAACCCCUUUACAGCAAACUUAGAGACAAUUUUUUCGCCUGCUUUUGAGCCCAUUGAAGUCCAUUCACAACAUUAUACUGAAAAAGAUUCAGGGAGCAUUAGUGAUACAGACAUGGCAGGAGUGGGAGCUGAUGAGGGAAGAACCAUAUGUGGUUAUGAAACAUGUGACGUAUCGGACUUCUACAUUUCUGACAUGAUCAUCACGAGCUUACCUUUUGGUGGAAAUUCCUUUGAUGAUGAUAUCAGUGAAUCCAACUGCCUACCUGAUUAUGGAUCUGCCGAGCCAUCCAUCUUUACUGCAUCUGAACAGUACAUGAUCCUGCCUGCCCUUGAGGAUGAUGUUAAAGUUGGAAAUACUUCUGAUAUCAUAUCUUAUGAAGAAGCUGUGAUGGUUCGAGAAAGUGCUAGCUUGUAUUCAGCAAUGGGUCAGAUAAGGUCCUGCAACCAGGAGUCUGAUGUUAAAAGUGACUCAGAUAAGUCAGAGUGCUUUGAUCCACAGUCAUUCAUCAAGAAUUUACCAGAACUAUCAGAAGUUGAAGUAAAUGGCCAGCCAGCUCUAAUUCCUAAUCAAUCUCCAAGAAGAAAGUCGAUAACACUAGUGCUUGAUUUAGAUGAGACACUUGUUCAUUCUACUUUGGAGCAUUGUGAUGAUGCGGAUUUCACUUUUACUGUUUUCUUCAAUAUGAAAGAGUACACAGUAUAUGUAAAACAGAGGCCUUAUCUCCACACAUUCUUGGAGCGAGUAUCAGAGAUGUUCGAAGUAGUUAUUUUUACAGCCAGCCAAAGCAUAUAUGCAAAGCAACUACUUGAUAUAUUGGAUCCUGAUGGAAGAUUUAUUUCUCGCCGUAUGUACCGAGAAUCAUGCCUUUUUUCAGAUGGAAAUUACACAAAAGAUCUUACUAUAUUAGGUGUUGAUCUUGCAAAAGUUGCCAUAAUUGAUAAUUCACCUCAGGUUUUCCGGUUGCAAGUGAAUAAUGGUAUUCCUAUAAAGAGUUGGUUUGAUGAUCCAUUAGAUUGUGCACUGAUGUCAUUACUUCCCUUUCUAGAGACCUUGGCUGAUGCUGAUGAUGUCCGUCCUAUCAUUGCAAAGAGAUAUGGUAACAAAGAAUAAGGUUUCUCAUUAGACCAAAUUUAGCAGAUCUCCUUUCUUCUAGGUUUAAGAAAAAUUUGCCCUCUAAUUAGAUGCUAAAGUCCCUUUUCUAUUUGAGUUUGAGUUGAAUUAACCUAUACAAUAAACUAUUGGUUAUCUUAUUGUUGAGUCCAGAAUUGGUUCCCUUUUCUUCUCUCAGUUGACAAAUGUGGAGUUCUCUGUUUCUCUUGAAAGGUAGCUGUAGCAACCAUCUCUUUUUCUUCUCUUCAUCCUGUUAGUCCUUGUACAGUUGAAGUUCGAAUAUUCUGUGGGGGUGUACAUGAAAUUUAUCAUAUUAAGGAAUAUAGUUCUGAAAGUUACAUAUUUCAUGGCCGAUCAAUUGUUGUGUGCUUCUAGAAAUGGAACCUGUUAUCUAGUUAAGUUUUAGUUGGUCUUUGCUAUUAUUUAUUAAUUGUUUUCUUGUCAUUUACUCCUCUAAGAUUAU